GCAGAGAAUCCGAAAGGUGAAACGAAAGAAACAAACACCAAUUAAACUGCUUCUUCCAGUUCCCAUAUCACAAAUCCUUAUGAUAAUGACAACAACAUCCACAAGUUUCACAUCUUCAAAUGUUGUUCUCAACACUCCAAAUUCAUCACUCAAUUUCUUUAACUCGUGUGGUAACGCCGUCUCUCUGGGGUUCCAUUUCCCAUUUCUUCACCCCAAAUUGAGAACCAAACUAAAGUUCAAAUCUUUAUCCAUGUCCAGAACAACCCAUUUCAAUGUUUCGCAAGAUUCACUAACUCCCACUGAACAAUCACUCUCUUCCUCAGUUGAACAUGAUUUACUCAUUGUGGGUCCCGGUGUUCUUGGCCGUUUGGUAGCUCAGAAAUGGCGACAAGAAAUUCCGGGUUGUGAAGUUUAUGGGCAGACAAUGACUAUUGAUCAUCACAAUGAGUUGAUUCAAAUGGGUAUUAAUCCAUCUUUAAAGUGGACAGAAGCUACUCACAAAUUUCCAAAUGUUUUGUAUUGUGCUCCACCUUCCCGGACUCCAGACUAUGCUGAUAACAUUAGGCUAGCUGCAUUAAGCUGGAAUGGUGAAGGUUCUUUCGUAUUUACGUCAAGCACUGCUCCAUAUGAUUGUAAUGAUAACGGACCGUGUGAUGAGGAUACACCAGUUGUGCCAAUUGGGAGAAGCCCUAGGGUCGACAUCCUUCUAAAAGCUGAAAAUGUGGUGCUGGAGUUUGGCGGCUGUGUUCUAAGAUUGGCAGGGCUUUAUAAAGUAGAUAGAGGGGCACACAAUUAUUACUUAGAAAAGGGCGUUGUUGAAAGUCGCCCUGAUCACAUCUUGAAUCUUAUACAUUAUGAGGAUGCCGCCUCCCUCUUAGUUGCAAUCUUGAAGAAAAAAUUCCAUAAACGGAUUUUCUUGGGCUGUGAUAAUCAUCCUUUGUCUAGGCAAGAAAUGAUGGAUCUGGUGAAUAGAAGUGGUAAAUUCAGUAAAAGUUUUGAUAAGUUUAGCGUAACUGAUGGCCCUCUAGGUAAGAGAUUAAACAACACAAGAACUCGCCAAGAAGCUGGUUGGGAGCCUAAGUACCCUAGUUUUGCUCAUUUUCUCGCAACCAUCUGACAGUUUCCUAAGUGUAUUGUUGUUGUUGGCUCUGAUUAAUGUGAAAAAAAAAAACAAUAUAGAGGUAUAUUAGGGAAUGGUUGCUGUGGAUGGAAUGUUCAUACACGCCGGAAAUCUAAACUAUGUAUAUUUUCCUAUUUUUCAUAUUUGGCAUUGUGUACAAGGAUGAUCAGUUGUUGAAUUGUCCUAAAAAUGCAUCUAAAGUAAUUAAAUGGAAUUUUUAAAUAUGUUUUGAAAUAAAUAA